AUGCCUGCUCUGAGACCAGUUCGAGAGUCGAUCCUCGAAAUCGACGACAAUUCGUGGAUCAUCGGGGGUGUGCUUCUUCUCUCCUACAAGACUAUUGCGCCGUCGUCGGGUUGUUUUUGGAGCGAUGGUGGAAGCGCGUUCUACACCUUGUCCGAGCUAGCUCACUCACAGCAACCAACUCACCCACUCUCCUCCACCAGCCGAGUACAGUUGGUGCAUGAUGCUGGUGACUGUAAUGCAGCCUGGCGAAUUGGUGAGGCGUUCCUGAAAGUACAAGCCCUGAGCACCCCAAGCAGAACACGCGAACACAUCACACUAAACUAUCUACACGACCCCGCAAAUGGCUCUGUCCCGACGUUUCCAAUUCCACGCGUCCUCUACCAUACAGAACACGAUAAUCGAUACUACCUCUUCACAAGUCGAGUACCAGGGAACACACUAGAAAAGGCUUGGCCAAACAUGGAAGAGGAAACGAAUCAAGUGUGCGUCAGACGAGUUGUGGAUAUCUGCAAAGAGUUAGCGCAGAGGGAAAAUAACAAGAUAUGCGGAGUUGAUGGGGGUGACCUAUCAGAGAAUUGGAUGAAACCUCCUCAAGCACCUGAUGGAUAUUCACACGAAAUGUUACUUGCAUAUUGCAAAGAAGUCGAGAUGAAUUGCGAUUCUUUUGUAUUGCACCAUUGCGAUAUGGGACCAACAAAUGUCAUCAUUGAUCUGACUGAAGGCUGCAAAGUUGGACUUGUUGAUUGGGAGGUGACCGGAUUUGUUCCUAAGGAAUGGAUUAGGACGAAGUUUUGCGUCUGUUGGGCCAUGAAUUUCGACUUCCCCAGCGACGAUGUGAAGAAGAGCAUGGAUUGGAGACAACGAGUUCAGCUUGACUUAGAACGACAGGGUUUCCUUGAAGUCGCGGAAGCAUGGAAUAGCCGAUUCUCGAAGGGAAAUUCAAGUGCAAGCACAAAUUAG